AUGGGCGAUGUGAACCCAAUUGUCUUAGACAAUGGUACAGGAUUCUGCAGGGCUGGUUUUGCAGGCAGUGAACAACCUUUCAUCUCUGGUCGCUGCGCCGUGGGCCAUUCAUUCGGAACUACAUCAGACGUCGAUCAGCCGUCGAGUACAUGUUUUGUGGGCAAGGAUCUCGUAUCCAAAAGACCCAAUGUGCGAAUAUCAUACCCAAUGAAGAACGGAAUUGUCACAGAAUGGGAGCACAUGCAAUGCAUAUGGGAACAUAUCUUUCUGAAUGAAAUGAAAGUAGACCCAUCAAAUCAUUCUAUUUUGAUUACUGAAGCUCCACUAAAUCCCAAAUCAAACCGUGAAACCAUGGCGGAAGUGAUGUUUGAUAUAUUCAAUGUUCCUGCAUUAUAUGUUGCUAUACCUUCCGUGCUUACUUUAUAUUCAUUAUCACGCACUUCUGGACUGGUUUUGGAUUGUGGAGAGGGUGUGACUUCAGUUGUACCAAUACAAGAUGGUUACGCUUUAGCGCACGCCAUAAUGCGACAAAACCUUGCUGGACGGGAUGUAACACAUUACCUCGGACAUCUGCUUCGGAGUCACACAAUGCAAUUUCCUGGUCAUGACAAAGAGGAGAUAAUACGAGAAUUAAAAGAAGCUAUGAGUUACCUCAAACCCAAAGCGUGCGAAGUGACAUCUACUUCUGAUCUAAUGGCUACUUACAUCCUACCCGAUGGCAAUAUGAUCAAAUUAGGUUGUGAACGUUUCCAAUGUGCCGAGGCCUUAUUCAACCCUUCCCUAAUGGGAGUUGAGGCUUACGGGGUGCAUGAAUUAGUGCAUAGCUCUGUUGCGAAAUGCGAUACCGACAUUCGGAGAAAUUUAUUUGCCAAUGUUAUAUUGACCGGGGGCAGCACGAUCAUUUCAGGUUUCGAUUGCAGAAUACAUGGUGAUUUAUCUCGCAUGGCGCCUCCCAGUGUCAAAGUCGAGAUUGUGACGCCGAGCGAAAGACCAUGUUCUGCCUGGAUCGGGGGGUCAAUACUGGCAUCACUUUCGUUAUUUGGAAAUAUGUGCAUAACUAAGAAAGAAUACGAAGAAUCUGGGUCUGGAAUUUUACAUACGCUUUUGUAA